AUGGACAAGUCUUCUAAAGCAAGCCCCACGAGCUUUGAAACCACAGUGAUCACUUUCUUCAUUAUCCUUUUAAUUUGCUUCAUUUGCAUCCUCCUUUUACUGGCGGUUUUUUUAUAUAAAUGUUUCAAAGGCACGAAGACUCAAGAGUCAGAAAAGCAUCUUUGUACAGAUGAAAGUGGAGGUGAAGAUUGUUUAGUGGCAAAUAGGGAGAUGAGCAAACCUGAAGAGCAAGAAAAGAUCCUACUACACUAUGUGAACUUGGAAGCACCAGUGAGGCCUGGCAUUCUUGUUCAAAGACAGAGUAAGGAAGUGGUGGGCACACCCUUAGGAGAAGAGGCAGAAGACAAGGACAGAAAAAAACAGAUGGAGGAGACUGAGAACUUUGGAGAAACUGAUCGAGAGGGUGAAAAUGUACAGAAAGCACCUAGACCUGUCCAUAGAACUCCUUCCGCUGUUGAAGGCCAAAAAAGACCAUUAAAAGGAGUGACAUUUUCUAAGGAAGUGAUUGUUGUGGAUCUUGGAAAUGAACACCCCACACCAGGAAGCUAUGCUCAAGAACACAAAGAGAGAAAAUAG